AUGAGCGCUGAAGAAUACAAAGCCGAGGGAAACAAGGCCUUCCUCGCCAAGGACUACCCCACCGCCAUCGAUCACUUCACAAAGGCCAUCGAGCUUGACCCCACCAACCACGUCCUCUUCUCCAACCGCUCCGCCUGCUACGCCUCCCAAAAGAACUAUGAAAAGGCGCUCGAGGAUGGCGAGAAGACCGUGGAGUUGAAGGCGGACUGGUCCAAGGGUUAUGGUCGCAAGGCCACUGCUCUUUUCGGAUUGGGUCGCUACCCCGAGGCCAACGAUGUUUAUGAGGAAGGAUUGAAAAUCGAGCCCACUAAUGUUCAGCUCCAGAAGGGACUCCAGGACACCAAGCAAGCCAUGGAGAAGGAGGCAUCGAUGGGAAUUGGUCAGUUCUUCGGACCUGACGUGUUCACAAAGAUGGCUGCCAACCCCAAGUUGGCUCCUUUGCUCGCUCAGCCUGAUCUUGUGGAGAAGAUCCGCGCGAUCCAGGCCAACCCCAACGCCUUGAACCAGCACAUGCAGGAUCCCCGCAUCAUGAGCCUCUUGAUGGGCUUGAUGGGUCUUGAUGCUCGUGGACCCGAGGACUUCCCUGGCGCUUCAGAGGAGGAUGACACACCCGCCCCCACCUCUGCUGCCCCCAAGAAGGCCGAGGAGCCCAAGGCUGAGGAGCCCAAGGACGAGGAGAUGCCCAGCGAGGAAGAGUUGAACAAGAAGGAGGCUUUGAAGGUCAAGGAUCUUGGAAACGCCAGUUACAAGGCCAGGAAGUUUGAGGAGGCUUUGGAGCACUACACCAAGGCCUGGGAGCUUGACUCGACCAACGUCUCGAUCUUGACCAACAAGGCUGCUGUCUACUUUGAGAUGGGCAACUUUGAUGAGUGCAUCAAGACCUGCGAGGAGGCCAUUGAUGUUGGACGCGAGCACCGUGCCGAUUACAAGUUGAUCGCCAAGGCCCUCGGUCGUAUCGGAAACGCCUAUGCCAAACAGAACAAGCUGCCCGAGGCCAUUAAGUACUACGGCAAGUCCUUGGCCGAGCACCGUACCCCCGACAUUCUCGCCAAGCUCAAGGAGGCUGAGAAGGCCAAGGCCAAGGCUGACAAGGAAGCUUACAGGGAUGUCGCCCUCUCGGCCGAGGCCCGUGACCGUGGUAACGUCCUCUUCAAGAAGAGCGACUUUGUUGAGGCUGUUAAGGAGUACACCGAGGCUAUCAAGCGUGACGAUACCGACCCCCGCGCCUACUCAAACCGCGCUGCCUGCUACACCAAGUUGAUGGCUAUCAAUGAGGCAUUGAAGGACUGCGAGACCUGCAUUUCCUUGGACCCCAAGUUUGUCAAGGGAUACAUCCGUAAGGCCGCCAUCCAGUUCUUGAAGAAGGAGUACACCGAGUGUCUCGAGACCUGCCAGAAGGCCAAGGAUGUUGAUGUCGAGAAGAAGAACACUGCAGAGAUUGACGGUCAGAUCAACAAGGUCUACACAGAGAUGAACCGCGGCCCCGAGCGUCGGGAGGGCGAGACUGAGGCUGAGACGAUUGCUAGAGCACAGCAGGAUCCCGAGGUCCAGAGGAUCAUGUCUGACCCUGCUAUGCGCAGCAUCUUGCAGCAAAUGCAGGAGGAUCCCCAGGCUGCCCAGGACCACAUGAAGAACCCCAUGGUUGCUGCCAACAUCCGCAAGCUCGUCGCCGCUGGUAUCAUCCGUGUUGGCAACUAA